AUGGAGGACGUGGCGGUGAAGCAGGGCUUCCUGUACCUUCAGCAGCAGCAGACUUUUGGGAAGAAAUGGCGCCGGUUCGGGGCAGCGCUGUACGGAGGGUCGGGCUGCGCCCUGGCCCGGCUGGAGCUCCAGGAGGGCCCGGAGAAGCCUCGCCGGGGAGAGGUCCCCCGGAGGGUCAUCCGUCUCAGUGACUGCCUGCGGGUGGCUGAGGCUGGAGGGGAGGCCAGCGGCCCCCGGGAUACCAGCACCUUCUUCCUGGAGACUACGGAGCGCCUGUACGUGCUGGCGGCCCCCACUGCAGAGCGGGGUGACUGGAUACAGGCCAUCUGCCUCCUGGCCUUGCCCGGCCAGAGGAAGGAGCUGGAGGGGAAGGGCGGCCGGCCCCGCAUGGAGGAGAAUGAAUUGUACAGCAGUGCGACCACAGGGGCCCCCCGCAAGGAGUUUGCUGUGACCAUGAGACCCACAGAAGCCAGUGAGAGGUGCCGGCUCUCGGGAUCCUACACCCUCCGGGCUGGGGAUAGUGCCCUGGAGCUGUGGGGCGGCCCUCAGUCAGGCACCCAGCUGUGUGAAUGGCCCUACAGGUUCCUGCGGCGCUUUGGGCGGGACAAGGUAACCUUUUCCUUUGAGGCAGGCCGGCGCUGCGUCUCAGGGGAGGGCAACUUUGAGUUUGAAACCCGGCAGGGCAAUGAGAUCUUCCUGGCCUUGGAAGAGGCCAUCUCUGCCCAGAAGAACGCCUCCCCUCCUGGGCUCCCAACCCAGCCAGUCCCCGUCCCUGCGGCGCCGCCCCGGCCGGAGAGUCCCUACUCCCGACCCCACGACUCACUCCCACCACUAUCGCCCACCGUCCGGGGUCCCGCCUCCCGGCUGCAGCGGGGCCCGGAGGGGGAGUACGCGGUGCCCUUCGAUGCAGUGGCACGGCAACUGGGGAAGAGCUUGAGGGGCGUCCUGGUCAUCCCACCCCAGGCCCCGGCCGACCCUCUGUACGACAGCAUCGAGGAGCACCCGCCCUCCCGACACGACCACAUAUACGAUGAGCCUGAGGGGGUGGCCGCCCUGUCCCUGUAUGACAGCCCGCAGGAGUUCCGGGGUGAGGCCUGGAGGGGGCAAGCCGCAGCUGACAGGGACCCCAGCGGCCUCCAGCAUGUGUACCCAGCGGGACAGGACUUUGCUGCCUCUGGCUGGCCACAGGGUACCGAGUAUGACAAUGUCAUGGUACUUAAGAAAGGCCCAAAGUGA